AGGACCUUUCAUUUUCCGUGAAAUUUUAAUUUGCUGAGACUGAUAGUAGUAGUACUAGCACGUAUGAAAUUUUAAUGCCCACACUUCGCUUUCUGCCUUAGCGCAUGGCAGACUCUCACGACCUCUUUAUUGUGUAGUUGCAGUGCGUAGUUGCCCACAUCGUUUACGCUCUGUCGAGAGCACACCAGAAGAUAGAACCAGAACUCGUGCGAGUCGCAUGAGUGAGAUACGCGAAGACGAGAUGGGUUUGCUUUUGUCGGGCCGCAUUGAUCCUAUUUGGUGCAAAUACGCAUCCAAUGCUUUCUCACGGUACAUACUACUCCUCGUGCAGCAGCUACCUGCGCGGAAAAAAUUAUUGGAUUUCUGCUGACCGAGAUGAAAUAGAACGAAAUCGUGGAAAAGUCUAGAAUGUAGCUCUAGUAAAACGAGAGAUUACUGCUCACUUCGGUUCCCGAGACCUUGCAGCAAAGAAAGUACUAGAUCAGUGAGCAAAGCAACACCCAAAAUGCCGCCUACAUCUCCUUCCUCGCCGUCGGCAAAUAAACCCACGGCACUCGCUCGCGGCACAGCAUCCUCUACGACUACCUCGAAGCCGCAAAAUGAAACGAUCCAGGUACAACCAUCCUCCCCCUCCAAACCGAAGAAAAAAGUGGCAGUAAACACGGGUGGCAACCCUGUCCAAAAACUCAUGCACCUCGCGAUCUACGAAUACCGACUCGCGUCGGUCAUUUGCUUCCUCUGCUUCGCGCUGCGCACGGGUCUCAUUCUUCUCUCCAGCAUUUAUUACUACGUGGUCGAGCAAUUUUACCUGGAACAAAACUUUACAACGCUCGCGAGAAACAACUUUCCGCUGUUCUCGCUUCUUUUAAUGGCGGCUUUCCUGAUUUUUUACCUCUUCUUCGCUGUCUUCGCCGUUCCCUACUACCAAAAAUCCAAGCCGGCGGAGAUCUACGCGACCAGAUUCAUGCGGGAACACUACGUGAAAUUUUUACCAAACUCCUUCCACGCCGGCCCCCGACCGCCGAUUUGGUGUUUCCACCCGCUGUUGCAAUUUCUGCCGUGGAUGCUGCAGAAUGGAAUCCACGGGAAGUAUUUCCAACCGGCCCGGGAGGUGCAUUAUGUUCGGUCGUUCGAUCUCGAGAAUAAAGAACUAGACGAGAACGGGGAGGAGCGAACAGAGGGGGAUGGAGUGAAACGAAAUAUGGCGCACAACUUGAAGAUCGUCGUGAUUCCGCCGUUUGCAGCAGGAACAAAGGAAACUGGAGGAAUAAACACAGGAGGAGCAGCAGCGGAUCGAAAUCAACACAGUAGUAGCUCGUCCCGGUCAUCAAGAACGAAGCCCACACUUACCCUCCCCGAUUCCGCCCCGAUCGUCUUCAUCCUGCCCGGGUUGGCGUGUGACGCGGAAGAUUUGCCCGGGAUCCACCAAAUCCUCUACGCAAAUCACCGCGGGUACCGGGUGGUGGUUUUGGAAAGACGGGGGCAGGGACAAGGGUUGCUCGAAUCCCCGAGGUUCAACAUUUUCGGGGACGUUUUUGAUUUAGAGAUCGCUUUCAACCACGUCGUGAACAAUGUGUUGCCGGACAAAACCGUGGAGAAAUUCUGUAUCGGGAUCAGCGCUGGCAGUGCGUUGCUAGUCACCGCGAUGGGGAAGUUUGAUAGACGGAGGAGGGAACUGGAAGCGGUGAUGCAGAAGAACGCGGGCGCGCUGCAAGUACAGCCGCAAGAUGUUGAGCAACGUUCUGGGCUUUCUUCUCUAGGAGAAAGUCGUGGAAAUAAAGGAAAUACGAACCGCAGCAUUACCAGUUUCGACAGUGCAGCUUCCUUAGUCUCUACAGCCACCGGAAGUAGUUUUAAUUCUGGCGAUGUUCACGGCAGUUCUUCUAUUGCAGUGAAAAAUGCCCGCAACCUGAAAGUUGAAAUAAUUUGUGAUGCGAAGUUUUCAAAUGAAAACUUUUUGUCAUGCAUGCAAGGACUGUGAAUCCAAUCUUUCUGAUGCAGAGUCUGAGGCGUAUAUAGCAUCGCGCGCAUGACAAACGCCGCUCUUGCUGGGAUCUUUUGCAAUACAAAUUUUUGCUAUUCACGAUUGGAAAUCUGUGAUGCUGAUAGAUGCAAGAGGGCGAAGGUUUCAUUUGGAAAGGUUUGCAAUGCAAAUGCUCCCAAGUUCGGGGGUGGGGGCAUUUUUCUUUGUAAUAUCUUCCGCAAGCAGCUCUACUUCCUCCUCUUCCAACAUAAGCAGCAGGAGCAAAUCGCAAUUGAAAAUGGGCAGAGGGUCCCCUGCAGUAUUAAUCCCGAAUGAAACCGCGAAGAAUUUGAAUUUCGUCAAACCUAUCCCCCCACCCAAAUUCGACGCCGGGUGCGCAUUGUACCCCGGCUUUGACAUCGCCCCCGGCGGCUGUUUGACCCAGUGCAGUCCGCUGUUCGACUCGAUUCUGGUCAACGGCGUGCAGAGCUACUUCCUGAUCCGAAAUGAGAAAAUUCUGCGCGAGUUCGAUAACGAGGCGUAUAUGCAUUGCAGAUAUGUCUGGGUCUGGAAACUUGUCUUGCUGGGUGGCGUAUCAUGAGGAAACCACAAGUGCUGGCUCAGCAUGACACGUUUCUGAGCUUCUAGGUGUUGCCUAUUCUCCAUGACAGACUGCGUUUCUGCAUGACAGAAAAGCGGGGCUCUUGGGUAACGUGCAUGACAGAUUUCAGAGUCAUGCUAGACAAGCAUUACAAACAUGCACUCCUCCAGACCCAGACAUUUUUGCAUUUGAUAGCGUACGAAGAAGCGAUCAACGCAAACAGCUUCGAGGAGAUCGUGGACGCGAUGUGCGUCUUAUGAACUGCAAAAGUGUCGUACUCGUAUAAAUGCAUGACAAAUUUCCUCAGCAUGAGAAAUAAAAUUUGUAAUGCGGAUUUGCGUUAAGAACAAAACUUGUAUUGCAUGACUGCAAUGCGAGUGCGAUACUUUUGCACAGGAUACGUCUUCGCGGGCUACAAAUCCGGCAGGGAGAAAUUUGACGAGAACGAAAACCCGGUGAGAUUUUUCCCAGACAUCACGGAAACGCCGAUUUUGACGGUGAUUGGGGAGGACGAUCCAAUCUCGAACGUGAAAAAUUUCAAGACGAUAAAACGGGGUAGUUUGCACGAAAACUUCUGUGAUGAGAAAACUAAGUGGAAGAUAAAGGAUUCGGGGUUUGGGAAGACGAAUAAAGAGCACAUUGAAACAUCGGAGGAUGUGCAGGAAAACCCAUGGAUCGUGGUGGUGGCGCAGUCUAUCAUACGAAAAAAGUGUUUCACUGUAAGGAUUUUGUAAGUUGUGCAUCACAAGUUUGUUACACAUGACACGGAAAAUUUGCCAUGCGUGCUUUCCAAGGGAAAACAGGCUUGAAACUCCGAUGUGUUGCAGGUGUGGCAAGACAAACACUUUGGUGCUUCGUUCUCUGCAUCACAAGUUCACAGUGAAACAGUUUUUUCUUGCGAUACAGUCGGGGUCGCACUGCCCGAUGCUGGACGGGAUGUUCUGGCCGUUUCGGAAAGUAUGGCGUUCCCAAACGUUACAUUCUCAACUGUGUUACAUGAUUUGUCAUGCCGAAUGACCAUGAGCCGCAAGAGGACUAUCAAGCUGCUUCGCGUGACAAAUUGUCGAAGGGCUAAACAGCAUCUAAAUCCGUGCCAAAUUUGUAAUGCAAGACUUGCAAGCUUUCCCCUUUUGUUCCUAUUGCUGUUUUUGCAUUACAAAUCCAUGGAACGGUUGAGAAUGUAACAAUUGAGAACGCCAUAAAAAGAGACGAAGGGUUUAGCAUGCUGGUCCGACAAAGCGGUGUUCGACUUUUUUGACCGGAGGAGGGAAGUGUUGAAAGAGGAAGAAAGAGGAAGGCAAGAAAAUGCUAAGCGGUAAGUAGCCGGUGCGUUGAACAAUUUGCAGCUGGCAUUUCUUCUUGUUUACUUAUCUGAAGACUAAAGAAGUGCAACUAAAACACGACUACAUGGAUGAUUUGUAAAUUGCAAAAAUUUUUGUUGCCAAGAGACACAAUAACAGCAUCUUCCAUUUCACAAACUCUACUUUUGCACACAGUAAAAAUCGUGCGGGCGACUCGUACAAACGCUGAAAGCGGGCAGCCGCUGAAAGCGGAGGAGCCGCUGGAAGCGGAGAGCCGCUGAAAGCCGGCAACCGGUGACAGCGGGCCACCGCUGAAAACGCGAAUCCGCUGAAAGCGGGCCACCGCUUGCAGCGGGCAAUCACUAAAGCGGCCAAUCAGCCACUGAGGGCGGGCAACCGCUGGAAGCGAGCGGACAACCGCUAAAAGCCCUGGCGUGGUUCCCCGCGUUCCGCGUUUCCCCGCUUCCAGCGGUUGUCCGCUUGCUGCGAGGGGUUUAUCGGUGGGGCCUGCUGAGACUCGACCACCCCCGACGGCGGCAGCGUGCUGCCGUCUGUCUCCCCCUGCUUGUUCCUACGGGGCCCCAUAUUUGGGCAGAGACAGAAGCGGGCGGUCUACGCCAAUAACCUAGGGCGCGCAAGUGCCACCGACGUCGUGGUGUCCUGGAUAAAGACGGAGGCUGUGACUGCACCCCGAAGCUGCGAGAGCCAGAACAAACGCAGUAGCAGGAAAGUGGCGCCUGCUAUUCCUUAGUAGAAGUAGCAGCGCUGAAGCAAAGCGCAGUCGCUUCCUUUGCAUGGAAUAGAGCUUCCGGAAGUACAAACCCAGAAGCAGAAAGUAGAAAAAAUAGAAAGCACAAACCGCGUUGAAUAGUAGCAGGAGCGGAAAUUACGGUCGCACAGAUAAAGACUAGAAAGCCCACGCGUCUGCUUUUGGGGUUUCGGCGCUUUCCGCUGCCUUUGCAAGGCAAAGCUGGGGCUUUUUACCGAAUGAAACAACGUAGCCCGGGGGCGGACGGGGGAGAAGAGUGGGUCGACCGGUUGAGGACAGGGGAAGAGGACCGGGCCGGCCCGCCGGGUUCCGCCGGUGAUGUGGUUGAGUUCUCAUCCGGCCGCCGGCCCGAUAGGAACUCAACCGCGAAGUUCCAGAUUUAGUUUGUUACCCCGCUCUAAAUUAAUUGCAAAAAUUUUUGUUGCCAAGAGACACGACAAUAACAGCAUCUUCCAUUUCACAAACUCUACUUUUGCACACAGUAAAAAUUGGUCUCGAAAAUAAAUGCGGACGGACCGUCAUUGAAAAUGUGAAGCUUGAAAUUUUGAUCGCAUCAAGAUUUUCCACCUUGGGCAAUAAAGCAACUAUCACCUGACUCUACUCCUGCGACAUGUUUCUGUUUGCAAUAGGGAGGCUGAGGCAAUACAUCCAGUAGAAAUCUAACGAAACAGAAAGCAACAGCUGCAAGAAAAAUCCUAGAUUUCCACUUUUCAGUUCUUUAGACUGAUUUAUGAUUUCGCAUCCACUCCCAUCGAGGAGUCCGAGUUGCAGCUACUUUCUGCCUCAUCUUGACUAGUGAUCACAUGAGCACUCAUCUUCUAAGAGAGCCUACUACUACAAUCCUAGCUGGCGGCUGCACCAAACGCAAAAAUACUCUGGUGAAUAUCAAUAGAAUUGUAUCAUUGAAGCCGAAAGCUUUCUUGCAGCUUGCGGUUCAGCAUAUUUGCGCAUUUCUGCACUUCCAAAAACCUCGACUCAUAAUAUGGGAAACUUUUUCAAUUCCGAAUGGCGUUUGGUUUAUUUUCCACGCCUGCGGGGCACAAAUUCAAAUAUGAAUAUCACAAUUUUACGCCUCCAUGCAGUCUCGUGCACGGCUACGUGUCUGCAUCUGAUAACAAAAC